AUGGAGAAGUUCUUUGCCGAACAUCAUAAUAUCUUUUAUGAAACUGUUAUGGCUUCAUCAUCAAUUGAUGCGUUAACGAGACAGAUGCUCACAUCAGGUGUUGGAGCAUUCAGACAGAACACAGUUUUCCUGAAUAUCGAUGGAAGAUCUUCAACAGAAGUUCAUGAAAUGACGAUGGAGAUUUUGAAGGCAAAAUACGGUCUUAUUUUGGCCACUCGUCCUCAUGAUAUCAAUAACACAUCCAACUACACUGAUAUCUACUGGUUAUCCGAUGAAGGAGGCCUCACUGUUCUUGCUGGCUACAUUAUUGCCAAAACAAUGAAGAAGAAGAUAAGAAUCAUCACUGUUGCUUAUACAGGAAAUGGAGACACAGUUGAAGAAUCAGUUUUCAGAACAAAGAAACUGUGUGAAAAGUUCAGAAUCGAUUGCGAAGUUGUCGGUAUGGAACUUUCCGAGAAGAAGAAGAAACCAAGUGCUUUCUCUACAGCUUACUGGGAGAAUAUAACUCAUAAGAGUGCUUAUGACCAUGCUUUCACUCGAUUCCUUUUGUUCUCUGAUAUGAUAAGAGAAUUCAGUAGCAGCUCUUGCCUUGUUAUUUCAACUUUGUUUGUCCCAACAGAUGACAUGGAUGCGCAGAUUUACUGUGAUAUCCUUAGAUUGAUCGCUAACAUUCCUCCUGCAUUUUGCUUUGUCAGAGGAAAUGGUGAAAAUGUCCUUUCAUGGAAGGCAUAA